CGCGCGUCCUUCGUCGCCUCCUCAAGGCCGUAUCCGCCCCCGCGCGGCUGCGUGCCCAAGCGCCGCCCUCAGGGGGCCGGCAGCCGGCAGGGCCGCCCCGUCCGCGAGAACAGGCGGCAGCGGGCAGCCGGCUGUGCCAUGCACUCCCUCGCUGAGGAGAUCAGGAGUUUCUCCAGGGCCAACCUGCGGAAGCAGCGCACGCGGGUGACGACGCUGACGGGCCGGAGGGUCAUCGAGACGUGGCGGGGCGCCUGCCUGCAGGUGGAGGAGGAGGCGGAGGCGGCUCCCGGCGGCGGCUUCGUGCAGGACCUGAGCUGUGACCUGCAGGUCGGCGCCGCGCGGCCCUGGCUGCUGCUGGGGUCGCAGGAUGCUGCACACGAUCUAGAGACCCUUAGGAAGCAUAAGGUUACACAUAUUCUAAAUGUGGCAUAUGGAGUCCAAAAUGCCUUCCUUAAUGACUUUAUAUACAAGACUAUAUCUAUUUUGGACCUCCCAGAAACUGAUAUCACCUCCUAUUUCCCAGAAUGUUUUGAGUUUAUUGAGAAAGCCAAGAUCCAGGAUGGUGUGGUCCUGGUCCACUGUAAUGCAGGAGUCUCCCGUGCAGCAGCAAUAGUCAUCGGUUUUCUAAUGAAUUCAGAAAGACUGAGUUUUGCUUCAGCCUUUUCCUUGGUAAAAAAUGCAAGGCCUGCUAUUUGUCCCAAUCCUGGCUUCAUGGAGCAGCUCCACAAGUACCAAGAGCAGAAUAUAAAGGCAAAUGGAAGCAUAAACGAUCACGACUGAUCAAAAGGGAGAAGUGAAACAAUCUGUUCUGACUUUACAGUACCAGAUGUUGGAUGUACUUUUGUCUCUCGUUUUGCAGUCCUCUUCCACAGGUGCACCUUAAAAUCUUUCACUACGUUAUUUUUUUUCUUAUGUUCACCCUUACACUCCCAUUUUUCAGCAUCUGGUAUAGAGGCCAAAUGGUAAUCCACUGACUUCACAGAUUACUUACCCAAGAGAAAGUUCUCCCUAGAGCAAUGAGAUAAAGUUCAUCUUUUCUUGCUGUAGUGAGGAAAAAAAACAGAACAAUUUUUUUAUUGAACCAUCGGAGAAUGCAGGCAAUACAGAGAGGAAGUAAAAAGGUAGCAGGGUAACUUUAUAAUCCAAGUUUAUUUUCAUGCUUAACCAAAUCUUUACACGUUCUAGCUGGUUGUGGAACCUAGAUAAUAAGAUGUUCAUAUAACAAAGUACCUUGCUAUUGGGUCUUAAGUCUUAAAUCAAUGUUGAAACUAAGGAGGAUUUUAUAGAAUUUUAUGGGCUAGCCAGCCGGUAAAUAUAUAUAAGAAAAAAAUAAAGCAGAUAGUCUUUUGAUGGAAGUAAAAAGGUAUAGGAUGCUUUAAUGCCUCACUUCUUUCUCCUGUUUCCCAUCAAGCAGCAACUGGAAGUACACUAACAUGAUGUUUUCAAAGUGCUAGGAAGCAAGCUGUCAGGGUUUUGUUGUUGCUGUUUCUUUUUUUUUUUUUUUUUUUUUAGAUCAAUUCAGAACAGAUAGGUUGUUACAAACAUUUUUCAUAUCUCAAACUCUUUUGGUUCACUCCCCUCCCUUGAUGCUCCCUCACUCCGUUCCACAGUGUAUAAAGAACACACAUCGUAGGAUAGGUGCUUGGUUUAUUUUUCUUGUCACCCUACUGACAGAUCUCAGACUAGAUUAAGUGUUGUAAAAUGGUGUGUUUAGAAAAAAAUACAGAAUCUGCUGUAUUUUUGUGGCCUUCGUGCCACUUCUAAAUGGUUGGAUACAUUAACUUACAAUAAAACAAAAUAAACGGUGUGGAUAGCUGUGGUUUUAAAUGAA